CUUAAAUGUUGUUUUACCAACUACAAUACUCUCUAUCACCCCACCUCUUCUCUAUUCAUUUCUGUUUCAAACUUUUUGUUUUAUUAUUUUUUAAUUUCAUUUUUCUUUCUCAAAACUAUAUAUAGACAGACAUAUAUUCAUAAUAAAUUAGCCUCUUAUCAAAAUAUAAAUAUGGGACUCAAAGAUCUUCAUAUCAAGCUCAAGGCAUUUCGGCUCAGGCGAUUUCUCAAAAGAGGAGGCCAGAAAAGUAGUAGUAAUAAUACGGCAAAGAAGCUGUCAUGGAUGAUGCCAAUAUCUCAUGGCUAUCACGUUGUUGAAGAUCAGUCAUUUAGAGGAUGUUCAGGUGGUUCACGUUCAGACUCCGUUGUCGUCCAAAGAGAACAAGUUCAGGAGCUUGAGUUAUGGUAUUUCGGAGUUUCCGAUGCUCGAAUUGGCGAUGGAGUCACCAAGUACCUCCAGUCCCAUCUUUUCAAUAGCAACUCUAAAGAGUCUCAUAUAAGAAGAAAGAGUAAAGAAACAAUGAGGAAAGCUUAUCUCGGAGCAAGAGCAAAGAUUAACGAGACACCGAAAUCUGAAGACGAGAAACUGAACGUGGGUUCAGCAUCUGUAAUGGUGAUCAAUGGAGAGAAACUUGUGAUGGCUAGUAUGGGUGAUUAUAAAGCUGUCAUUUGCAGAGAUGGUGUAGCUCAUCAAGUGAGGAGUAAGCACCAGCAAACAACUAAAACACACUGGUCUCACAGAUUCUUUCCCGCACGUAUAUUGGCAUGGAACUCCGACAAAACAAUGAAGACUAAGCACUCGAAAAGCUCGGAGGUUGUGGUUAGAGCAGAAAGGAUUGAGGCUGAUACUGAAUUUGUUAUCAUAGCAAGCACUGGCAUAUGGGAGGUGAUGAAGAAUCAAGAAGCUGUGAAUCUAAUCAGACACAUAGAUGAUCCACAACAAGCAGCCGAGUGUUUGUCAAAGGAGGCUUUAACUAGGAUGUCCAAAAGCAACAUUUCUUGUGUUAUCAUUAGCUUUGACUGAUAAAUUUCUUAUAAUUAGUUUCAAAAUCAUCUAACCUUAUAAAUACACCAGUUGUAUUGAUCUGCAAUGAUAUACAAUUGUGAUGUCAUUUCAAGCUGACGUACAGCGACAA